UUGCAGCAUCAGCUGUUCAGCUGUCAAAAUACUCUCUGAGUCUGCAACUUUUACCACUUCCCAUUCUAGACCCAAACACCCACCCAAGAUCUAAAGCUUCUCCGAUCCGGAACCCUACCUUCCGAUCACUCCCGAAGUCCACCCCUUCCACCUUCCGAUCACCCUCAUCUGCCAAAAUGCCCACCAGCAUCCACAUCAGCGCCCUAGACGGCAUCGUAAACGUGAACUCCCUCUUCACCUUAGCCGUUUUCAUCGGCCUGGCCUGGAACCCCACCGACCCCAACAACAACCUUAUCUUGGAACCCUCCUGCAACCCUGGCCCUUCGGUCGCCGAGGACCUUGUUGCCUUCCACGUCUACUCCUUCAGCUCUUUUCUCUUCUCCAGUCUCAUCGCCCUGGGUCUCAAGCAGGCCAUCCGGAUCAGCAAGAGCCCCGCCUACCACCCGCCAGUAGAGUUCCUCGCCCACAUCAAUCGGUCUGUCCUGCGUGUCGGGAUGCUGGUGUCGGGUAUCGGCUCAGUUUUCGGUUGUGGGUUCUUGAUGCUGGCUCUGGUCAACGUGGUCCAGAUCAAGCUUGGGACUUUGGCUUGUGGAAGCACAGAAAGCUUCGCGGCUGUGGUCCCGCUCGUGAUUUUGGUUCCCGUUGGGCUUCUCCUGUAUGCUUGUAUGGUUUUGUACGCUUUUACUCGCUAGGUUAAUGUAACUUACUGUUGUCUGUUCUUUUGUAAUUUCUGCGGAUUGUUGGAUUUUCUUCGUCUAAACUACGGAAAAUCAUGCAUGGAAGAUAUGCUUAAA